AUGCAGAAGCUGGAACCAGGGGAAGGUUGGAGUUCCCAUCGACCGCAGGGCAUCGAUGAAAGCACUAAAAAGCGACGGAGCAACUUUAGUGAUGCUCUUCCAGCUGCAGGUCCUCUUCCGCCGGAGGACGAACAUGCAGAGUUGCGCUUGGGAUGCUUUGAGAUCACUGGGAAGAAGAGACCGAGGCCACAAAGUCUCAAUUUGGUGAAGUCCAUCACUCCGAAUGCAGUCCAUGAGCAGGCUCCGCUGGCCGAAGCAAAGACCUUUGAGAUCGGCGGAGGUUCUGCCUCUCAACCUUUUCCUGCAGACAAUUCUGAGCUGUCGAAGCAACCUCGAACCUUGGAGGUAGCUGCGAAGCGCACGAAGCAACAAAGGCCGCCAUCGCAAUCACCUGCUGAAGCACAGGCCUCCCAGGCUGCUAAGGAUAACGGCAUGAACCACAAUGCCACGCUGGAUCCUGAGAGUCAGGAGCAGAGUGAGCGACGGGAACGAGAGUACUUCAAGCCCUACAUAGGCGAGCCUUGUGGCCCUGAGAACCGCUUCUUAGUGGAGGCUCCUUUGGGACGAGGUUCCUUCAGCAGCGUUUUCCGUUGCUCCGACACCAAGGGCCGUGGGAAGGAGUAUGCGGUGAAAUUCAUUCGUGACAAUCCUGGUCUGCGAAAAGCGACUGAGGCUGAAGUGCGCCUCAUGCGGCGCAUCCGGACCAAGGCCGUGGAGAAAGAUUCGGAGGGUGCCAACUGUUUGUUGGGACUUGCAAGUUUAGAAACAUUUAUGCACCACGGGCACCUUGCUUUGAUCUUCCAUUUGCAGCGUUAUGACCUGCGAACCGCCUUGCGACGAGGUGGGCGAGGCUUCCCUUUGCAGGACUUGGAGCGUUAUGCUUCGGACCUCUUCUUGGCCUUACGUGCUCUGCGGGCCAUCAGGAUCAUUCACACUGAUAUCAAGCCGGACAACUUGUUGAUGUCUCUGGACAAGAAGUCGGUAAAGCUAUCGGAUUUUGGGUGUGCUGUUGAUACGCAAGAUGAAGUGCAAAUCAAGCACAUUCGAAGAGCAUAUAUUAGCAGCUAUAGAGCUCCUGAGAUCAUCUUGGGACAGUCGUAUAGCACCCGGGUGGAUAUGUGGAGUGCUGGUGCCACCUUAUUUGAACUGGCUCACGGACAAGUGCUUUUUGGCGAAGACUCCAACAACAAGCUGCUUUAUGACAUGCUGAACACAUGCGGGCCGUUCAAAAAGGCCUUUGCUACAGCAGGCAAGAAUGCCUUGAAACACUUCAACUUGGAGGGCGAUUUCAAAAGAAAAAGAACUGACGGCAAUGAGCAACUACUGCCCAUGCGCCGCUUUGCCAAGCCUUUGACUCCACUUCUGGGGCGUUUGCAGCAGAAGCUGCAGGACGUGAAACUGAAGGACUUCGCCGGCCUGCUGGGCCAAUGUCUAGUACCCGAGGCAAUCGACCGCUUAGCUCCAGAGGAGGCCUUGCAACAUGGUUUUCUCAGGAACUCCCAAUAA